GUUAACUUUAAUAAUAUGACAUGCAUGUGGAGUUUACAAUUAGAUCCUAAAAAGUUGUCUGAUCUCAUAACAAUGAAUCCUAAGUCUAAGGAAUAUGAUGAAGAUGAAGCUGAUGAAGAAAUUAAAAGGGGUUUGGAUCAAUUUGAAAAUAAGCCUAAACCUAAUUUAGGUGAAACAGAGGUGUUUAAUUUGGGAACUCCCGAAGAAGUGAAAGAAAUAAAGAUAAGCAUUCAUGUCGAUCGAACUAUUCGAGACGACAUAAUUCAAGUUUUAAUUGAAUACAAAGAUGUCUUCGCUUGGUCAUAUGAUGACAUGCCUGGGUUAAGUGCUGAUUUGGUAGUUCACAAACUUCCCAUACAUCCUGAUUUUCCACCUGUCCAGCAAAAGCAGAGAAAAUUUAAGGCAGAUAUGAGCGAUAAAAUCAAAGAGGAAAUCAUGAAACAACUGAAUGCAAAAGUGAUCAGGGUCGUCCAAUACACUACUUGGUUGGCUAAUGUUGUGCCAGUACCAAAAAAGGAUGGAAAGAUCAGAGUUUGUGUUGAUUAUCGAGAUUUAAACAAAGCAAGUCCAAAAGACAAUUUUCCACUACCCAACAUUCAUAUCUUGGUUGACAAUUGUGCUAAACACGAGAUUCAAUCUUUUGUGGACUGCUACGCCGGAUAUCACCAAAUUCUCAUGGAUGAAAAAGACGCUGAAAAAACUGCUUUCACUACCCCGUGGGGUACAUAUUGUUAUAGGGUCAUGCCAUUUGGUCUAAAAAAUGCAGGGGCAACCUACAUGAGAGCUAUGACUACAAUAUUUCAUGACAUGAUGCAUAAAGAAGUUGAGGUAUAUGUCGAUGAUGUCAUCAUUAAGUCUAGAACGCAAAUUGACCAUGUGCGUGAUCUAAGAAAAUUUUUCGAAAGGUUGAGAAAGUACAAUCUCAAGCUUAAUCCGGCUAAAUGUGCAUUUGGAGUUCCAUCUGGCAAGCUUUUGGGUUUUAUAGUUAGCCGAAGAGGCAUUGAAUUAGACCCCUCCAAGAUAAAGUCCAUUCGAGAAUUGCCACCUCCAAAAACCAGAACUGAAGUCAUGAGUUUUCUGGGAAGAUUAAACUAUAUCAGCAGAUUUAUCGCUCAACUCACUACUACAUGCGAGCCGAUAUUCAAGUUAUUGAAAAAGGAUGCUGCUAUUAAAUGGACAAGUGAGUGUCAAAAUGCUUUUGACAAAAUUAAGGAAUAUUUAGCAAAUCCUCCGGUACUGGUCCCCCCAGAGCCUGGUAGGCCUUUGUUUUUAUACCUCUCGGUAACGGAUAAUUCUUUUGGUUGCGUUCUAGGACAACAUGACGUCACGGGGAAAAAGGAACAAGCCAUCUAUUACUUGAGCAAAAAGUUCACAUCCUAUGAGGCAAAGUACACUCUAUUAGAAAAAACAUGUUGUGCUUUAACUUGGAUCGCCCAAAAAUUGAAGCACUAUUUUUUGUCCCACACCACUUACCUCAUAUCCCGAAUGGAUCCUCUGAAAUAUAUUUUUCAAAAAGCCAUGCCGACGGGUAGGUUGGCAAAAUGGCAGAUUUUGCUUACCGAAUUUGAUUUUGUGUAUGUUACUCGCACCGCCAUGAAAACACAAGCAUUGGCCGAUCAUCUGGCAGAGAAUCCGAUUGACGAUGAAUACGAACCCUUAAAGACAUACUUCCCUGAUGAAGAGGUCAACUCUAUUGAGGAAGAAAAUCCUGAUAAUGACCCCGUAUGGAAAUUAUAUUUUGAUGGGGCUGUCAACAAAAACGGAGUGGGAAUUGGGGCAGUUCUUAUCUCACCAAGUGGUUGUCAUUAUCCUGCCACAGCACGACUUCGAUUCUUUUCUACCAACAACACAACAGAAUACGAAGCUUGCAUCAUGGGUUUGAAUAUUGCAAUAAAUCUGGAUGUACAUGAGCUCUUAGUCUUAGGGGAUUCUGACUUGCUCAUUCGACAGGCUCGAGGCGAAUGGGAAACUCGAGACAUUAAGCUCAUACCGUACAAACAAUGUUUAGAAGAUCUCAUCAAAAAAUUCAAGUCCAUUGAAUUUAGAUAUAUUCCCAGUUUCAAUGAGUUGGCUGAUGCUUUGGCCACCUUAGCAUCAAUGCUUCCAUACCCAGGUAAUGCCUACAUUGACCCGUUGGAAAUCCAAGUUAGGGAUCAACAUGGUUAUUGCAAUAUAAUUGCGGUAGAGGCAGAUGGUGAACCUUGGUAUCACGACAUCAAAAAGUUUAUAAAAGCUAGAGAAUAUCCAUUGCAUGCUGAUAGAGAUCAAAAAAGAACUAUUAGGCGACUUGCCAAUGGGUUCCUCUUAAGUGGCGAUAUCUUAUACAAAAGGACUCCGGAUUUGAAUUUGUUACGAUGUGUGAAUAAUCAAGAGGCGGAAACAAUUAUGAAUGAGGUACACUCAGGGGUAUGUGGCCCACACAUGAAUGGUUACGUCCUAGCAAAAAAGAUUAUUCGGGCAGGGUACUAUUGGUUGACCAUGGAGUGAGAUUGCUUUCAAUUUGUUCGCAAGUGCCUUCAGUGCCAAAUUCAUAGCGACUUGAUUCACUCACCCCCUUUAGAGUUGCAUCCUAUGUCUGCUCCAUGGCCUUUUUUUACAUGGGGAAUAGACGUUAUUGGGCCAAUAGAGCCAAAAGCAUCUAACGGUCAUCGGUUUAUUUUAGUUGCCAUCGAUUACUUUACAAAAUGGGUAGAAGCAUUCACAUUCAAAUCAGUUACCAAGAAAGCGGUGGUGGACUUCAUUCAUUCCAACAUCAUAUGUCGUUUUGGCAUACCAAAAAUAAUUAUUACAGACAAUGCAAUGAAUCUCAACAGCCACUUGAUGAAGGAAGUUUGUGAGCAAUUUAAUAUUGUUCAUCGUCAUUCAACCCCUUAUCGUCCCAAAGCAAAUGGGGCUGUUGAAGCUGCGAAUAAGAACAUCAAGAAGAUUCUUAGGAAAAUGGUGCAAGGAUCUAGACAGUGGCAUGAGAAAUUACCCUUCGCUCUCAUGGGAUAUCGCACGACUGUUCGUACGUCAGUCGGUGCAACUCCUUACUUAUUGGUUUAUGGAACUGAGGCUGUCAUACCCGCAGAAGUUGAAAUCCCUUCUCUUCGAACCAUUGUUGAAGCAGAAAUCGAGGAUACAGAAUGGGUUAAAUCGAGGUUAGAACAAUUAGCGCUGAUAGAAGAAAAACGAUUGACAUCAAUUUGUUUUGGUCAAUUAUAUCAGCAGAGGAUGGCUCGGGCAUAUAAUAAGAAAGUACGCCCAAGGAAUUUUGAAGUGGGUCAACUUGUUGUGAAACGUAUCCUUCCCCACCAAGACGAGGCCAAGGGAAAGUUUGCUCCAAAUUGGAAAGGCCCUUAUGUUAUUAAGCAAGUGUUAUCCAAAGGAGCUCUGCAACUGGCGGAUAUGGAGGGAAAGGCAAUUGACACAAUUGUCAAUGCAGAUUCGAUCAAGAGAUCUACAUUUAGCACUUCUCAUUUUUAUGAUGAGAAGAUAAAAAUGUAUCCUCUUUUAUCUCAAACACCACUGGUCUGGUGCCAUAACGAUGUCAAGGCAUUACUGAAGGCUAUUGACGAACAGUUUGAGACUUCAGAUAAGGCACUUGAUUUAAGAAACCUGCAGAAGCCACUGGGAGCAGAGCGAAGUAUCUAUUCUGGAAACAAGAUGCAGUCACAUGUGGAAGCUAUUGGGACAUGCAAUUUAGUUCUUAGUAGUGAAUACAGUUUCUAUAAGAGAUCAACCUUCCACUUCAAGUCAAAAAUUGAUUUUGUAUAUAAUACCCCUCAAGUUCAAUUGGGUGUUGAGCAACCAAUCAAUGAGAUUUCACAAGCUGCUGAAGACAUGCAUAUAGAUCAAGUUGUUCAAGUAAUUCCUGAAAUUAUUGAACAACCAGUUGAACAACAUAAUCCACAGAAAAAUAUUGGUGCAACAUUGAGAAGAUCUACUAGAGAAAUAAAAUCAGCAAUUCCUAGUGACUUUGUUGUAUAUUUGCAAGAAUCUGACAUUGGAGUUGAAAAUGAUCCUGAGUCUUUCUCACAAGCCAUGAAUUCUAAAGAGUCUGAAUUGUGGUACAAUGACAUGAAAGAAGAGAUGAAUUCUAUGAAAACUAACGAGGUCUGGGAUCUUGUCGAUUUGCCUAGUGGUGCUAAACUAUUGAAUAUGGAUGUAAAAAUCGCAUUUCUCAAUGGUGAUCUAGAACCUGAAGGAUUCUCCUCUAGUAAUGGUGAGCACUUGCCUAAACAAGCACCUCGUAUGCGGAACAAACGACCAACUGAUGCACUAUUCGCUCUUGACUUCUUGGGUUCCAAGAUUGAUAACUAUUUAUUCUACAUGUCUACUUCUACUAAUAAGUUAUUUUCUUUGGUGUAUCCUGAUGCUAUAUUGUUAAUUUGUUAUUGGGUAAUAACCCUGCUCGAAUUAUAUUACUCGUUUCAAGAUCAUUUUGUUGUUCGUGACCUUGUCACUCUUUCUUAUUUUCUGGGCAUUGCAUCAACUUGGACCACUGAGGGAUUGUUUUUGUCUCAACGCAACUAUGUCGAGGAUCUUCUUAGUCAAGUACAUAUGGCUGCUUGUAGUCUUGUUUGCUUACCCAUGAAACCAGCGCCAAAGGUAUCCUCUACUUUUGGUGUUCCUUUCAAUGACCCAACUUUAUAUGACAGCACCGUUAGUGCGCUUCUGUAUCUUACUUUCACUCGGCCGUAUGUUGUGAACAAAGCAUCCCAAUUCAUGAAUUUACGUCUGGAUGUUCACAUGAUAGCUAUGAAACAUAUUUUACGUUAUGUGAAAGCUACUGCUUGUUAA